UUGUUUCCUCUCCCAACUCACGCUUAUAUUGCCCAGGUGUUACCUGAACCCAUGGUUUUUUUCCGAUUAAAACCGAACUUGGGCCGAACUUGGCUUGGAUCAUGCCAUCUCGAUUCGCGAAAUCUUGAAUUUAUUAUUUUUUUCAUGUCGGAAGGAUCACUGGAUGUUUUUCUCAUGGGUCCUCGAAAGAAAAUUCCGCCAUGUACUUUACAUUGUACUGAAACAGCAGAAGAAUUUGUAAAUUCUCUAAACGGAAUAGGCGAUUCAUGUGAAGAUGAUGACGGAAGUGUCAAUUUAACAGAAAUCAAAACAAAUUUACUGGCAGCCAUCGAAAGAUUAGGCAAAUUAUUGCCCCCAAACACUUUGGACAGUCUAAUAAAUUUACUUGGUGGACCAAAGUAUGUUGCAGAAUUAACUGGUAGACGUGGACGUGUUGUUGCUAGAGCUGGGACUGGGGAUGUUGAAUAUGAAUUGAGAACUGCAGAUUCUGAAAUUUGUUUGGAAAUGAUGAAUAUUGCUGAAAAAGAUAAAUUUAUGAGAGGAGAAAAAUUGGUUGCGAUAAUUUCUGAAGCUGCUAGUUCGGGGAUUUCUUUACAGGUUUUUUGUGGAUUAUUUUAUUUGGGUGGUUAUUUUUCGAGGGGGUAUCUCUUGUGUUCUACAAAAUUCCGUCUUUUUUAUUUUAGCUUAACGUCUGUUUUUCAGAACGUUGAUGAAUCCCUGACAUCCUUGUCAGACAAACGAGCUCCAAACAGAAGAAGACGUGUUCAUAUAACCUUAGAGUUGCCUUGGUCAGCAGAUAAGGCUAUACAACAAUUUGGCCGUACACACCGUUCAAACCAAGAAAGCGCUCCAGAAUAUUUAUUUUUAAUUUCUGAAUUGGCCGGAGAAAAACGUUUUGCCUCAAUUGUAGCAAAACGUUUAGAAUCUUUGGGGGCUCUAACUCAAGGGGAUAGACGUGCAACAGAAUCUAGAGAUUUGAGUCAAUUUAAUAUUGAUAACACUUAUGGAAGGGAAGCUUUAAAUGUUUUAUUGAGAACUUUAACUGGGGCGUGUGAACCUAUUGUACAACCACCAAAAGAUUAUGACAGUGGAGGAAAUUUUUUUAAAGAUAUGCAAAUUUAUUUGGAAGGCGUUGGAAUGAUUUGUUCUUUGUCUAAUGGACGUUAUGCAAUCGAAAGAGAUUCAAAUUCAAUACCAAAAUUUCUUAAUCGUUUGUUGGGUUUCCCAGUUUAUGCACAAAACAAACUUUUUCAAUAUUUUACGGAUAUUUGUGAAGAAUUAAUUAAACAAGCUAAAGUUGAUGGAACUUUUGAUAUGGGAAUAUUAGAUCUUGGAAUGGAAUGUGAUCGAGUUCAAAAGAAAGAAUCGAGAAAGUUUAAAGGAACGGGGAAAACUGGAGACUUUACUGUUGAAUUACACAAAAUUAGCUUGCUGAGAAGUGUUUCAUGGGAGGAAGUCCAACAAUUGAACAAAAAACACAAGGGUUACAAAGACGGUUUUUAUACCUCAACUGUUGGUUUACACGGAAAAAGAAGUGUUGCAUUCAUUUUUGGAAUGGGUGUUGGGGGGAAUAUGUCAACUACACCUGCUGGGGCUCCUCGUCUUUAUUGUGUAACGAGACCUAAUACUGGAAGAAGUCCAAAAUAUGAACUUUUGAGUGAAUUGUUGCUAAGAUUUGACCCGAUAUCUGAUGAAGAAGGGGAAGAAUUGUGGAAAGAACAGUUGGAAGCAUUUUCUAAAAUGUGUCAUCAUCGUUAUUAUUUUGGAAAAUGUAAUGCUGAACAACAACGAGGAAUAUUUUGUGAAGUUGGCCGUCAAUCUCGAACAUAUUUUGUUUUGUCGGGCUCUUUAAUUUGUGUUUGGCCAGAAUUGGAAUUAAUUUUGUCAGAUUCUGGAAAAUUAAAAAGAUUGAGAAGAAUUCAAAUUGUUAGGGUUAAAACGGACAAUAAUCAACGAAUUGUUGGUAAGGAAGGGAGAGAGAAAUUAUAA